AUGUUAAUUUGUUUACUAAAAAUUUCCGCUAAUUUCAAAAUCAAUUCUCAAAUUCUUUCUUUCUUUCUUUCUUUCUUUCUUUCUUUUUUUUCCUUUCCCUCCCAUGGUCUAUCUAUCUAUCUAUCUAUCUAUCUAUCUACCUAUCUAUCUAUCUAUUUUCCCAUUUCGCUAGUUUAUCAAUUCUUCACGUCAGCCAUUUUCUUGUCCGGCUCGACGUCAGCAAUACUCUUCUCGUCAGUUCCCUUCGACAGAAGGACACGUGACUUCUUACGGCAUCGCCGGUUCAUCGCCAGGCUUGAGCACCUUUGGGUCGCUUGUCGCUCAGCUGCGACUGCUCCAACUUUUCGCUCCAAAUCACUCCUAGGAUUCAAGCAGCGUAGUGUUAACUGUGCCCAUUUUCAUCUAUCUAUCUAUCUAUCUAUCUAUCUAUCUAUCUAUCUAUCUAUCUAUCUAUCUAUCCUCCUGGUUGACAUGUUGUUAAACAAACAAUUCUAUCUAUCUAUCUAUCUAUCUCUAUCUAUCUAUCUAUCUAUCUAUCUAUCUAUCUAUCUAUCUAUCUUAGCUUUUGAAUUCUACGUCUCUUUCGUUUGCGUCACACGAAAACGUUUCCACUUUGUCAUACGUCUUUCCCCUAAUAUCUAUCUAUCUAUCUAUCUAUCUAUCUAUCUAUCUAUCUAUAUAUAUAUAUACAUGAAUCAUUCAUACAAAAAACAGAUAUAG